AUGUCCACCGGAUCUAUAUAUGUUAGAGUUUAUGAGGACAUGAUUGAUCUGCUAAGGGCUACUAUUGUUGGGACUUCUGGAACUCCAUAUCAUGACGGUCUUUUCUUCUUUGAUGUUCGUUUUCCUCCUAAGUACCCGCGAUGUCCAGCGAAAGUAUACUACCAUUCAGGUGGGCUUCGGCUAAAUCCAAACCUGUAUGAGAGUGGAAAGGUGUGCCUUAGCCUGCUGAACACUUGGUGGGGUUCUGGAUGUGAGAAGUGGAGCAAGUCAAAUUCCACCAUGUUGCAAGUGUUGAUCUCCAUCCAGGGCCUCGUGUUGAAUGAUAAACCAUACUUUAAUGAGCCAUGCUACAAAAACACGGUUAACACACCUCUUGGUGAAAAGCAUUCCAUGGCAUAUAAUCAGACUGCAUUUGUUCUAUCCUGCAAGACUAUGUUGUAUUCACUUCGUAAGCCUCCUAAGCAUUUUGAGACCCUUGUUGUGCACCAUUUCCACGAGCGGGAGCGAGCCAUCCUGGAAUCAUGCAGCGCAUACGCGUCUGGCAUUGUCGUCGGAUCAUCGGUCAGGGAUGGCGCCAAGUACGCUGCGACAAGUGCUUUGCACGCUUCAAGAAGUCCCUUGAAGACUUUGUUCAAAAAAUGUGAUGAACCUUGA